UUUGCCGUUGAAAGCAUUUAUUUCAUACUCAGCCUAAAAAACACUGACAUUGUUCAUAUCUUUUAUUCUUCCACUUAUUCAGAACUGUCACUGAACCAAAGUCUGGAGGACAGGGUUCCUGUUAUCCCUGUGAAAGAGGAACCCACCAAUGAAAUGAUUUCGGCUGUGAGAGCUGUUGCUCUCAAAGGGGUUCAGGACAACCGGCACCAGGCUGUCUCGGUCAACGUGGAUCAAACCAACCUGGAAUGGCAAACGUUUGACGGCUCUAUCCCCAACGGAGCAGUGUCCAUCCACAACGGAUAUGUUGGGCGCACUGAUUAUGUUGCCAAAUAUGGGUCAUCGGCGGGGUUCUACAACCCUGACAAGGGUCCCUACUGCCUCUACCCCGACGGAAAGAAAGAGCAUCGUGGCUCUCCGUUUGAAAUCCUGGUGAACAGAGACAACUUCGAGUUUCUGGAAUGGAAGGAGGACUCGUACGGUUCAGUGCCUCAGAAUUCAGUCAGGAUCAGUCCAGGUAUCGACGUGUAUGUUGGGAAAAACAAGUAUGGUCUUGGGAAGGUGGCU